GCGGUUAACUUGGUCGAUCCGGCGGGCAUGCGCGACUCUGCUAUAUCUGAAUCUGAAGAAUUGUAAGAGGAGGAAACCGAGGCAGAAGAAAAUACAAAAAAAAAACCCGUCUCUCGCGCUAUAUUCGUCGUCAUUGUUGUUGUUGCUUGGCUUGGUGUCUAUCUCUGUGCCUUUUGUCAAUGUUUUUUAAGCCAAACUCCAGACGGAAGGCGAAAUUUUAAUUUUCCACUGAAAAUUUCCCAAAACAAAUCUAAAAAUAUCUGAAACAAAAAUCUUAAACAAAAAUUUCACACAAAAAAUUGAUUCAAUAUUGUGUUGUGCUGUGAAAAGUGAAAAAUCGGAGAUCUAUAAAGAUCAUCUAAAAAAAGAGUAUUAAAACACGCGCUAUUAUCGAUCUGGUUUCUUAUCAAGCACAUGCUUAUAUUAUACAAUUUACCAACAGUCUUUUACAAUCUGCUUACCACAAAAGUUGAAUGGAAUAAAUUUUAAUCUACUUUUUUUGCACGCUACGUGACACUAAAUGAACAUGUUAAUAUUAAAACUACCUAAAAUGUUUAGCCAACUUUGGCUUCUAUUGCUUCUGUCACUCUUAACCCUACAAGGCCCACAGCCAACGGCUGGAAGUGGUUACAAGACGUCAUCGAAUGUGGAAUUGCUGGAGAACGAUUCGCGAUAUAUCUCAUAUCAAGAUUUAAUGUCAACUGCCAAACGAUAUUACGAUCCCGAAACGAGCUGGUAUUCGGAAAUGCUUUUUGAUGUGGCCAGGAAUCAAGUGAUUGUCGGCGCCAGGGACACUCUAUUCCGCAUGUCUUUCGAUCUGGAACCGCUGGAGCGUUCCAGCUGGGGGGCCACACCAUCGGAGAUUGCCAUGUGCCAGGCAAAAGGCCAGUCGGAGCGAUGGUGUCGCAACUAUGUGCGCGUGCUCCACAGCUACGGUGAGAACCAGCUGUACGCGUGUGGGACGAACGCCUUCCAGCCGAGCUGCUCGUGGCGCCAGAUGGAGAACCUCAACAUCACCGGCGUGGACAGCGGCGUGGUCAAGUGCCCCUUCCAUCCGCAGGCAAAUAGCACCAGUUUGCUCCAAGCCAAUGGACAAUUGUUUGUAGGAACUGCCACGGAUUUUUCGGGCAGUGAUGUGGCAAUCCUGCGAACGGGAGUGCAAUCCAAUGAGCGUUUCCUUCGUACCAAGCAAUAUAAUAACAACUGGCUAAGUGGAGCCCAAUUCGUGGGAAGCUUCGAGGCUGGCAACUUUGUCUACUUUUUGCUACGCGAGUCCGCUGCCGAGCACAUGAGCUGUGGCAAGGUGAUCUAUUCAAGGAUAGCUCGUGUCUGCAAAAACGAUGCUGGCGGCGGCAGACUUUUAAAAGAGAACUGGACAUCCUUUUUGAAGGCUCGCCUCAACUGCUCACUGCCCGGGGAAUAUCCCUACUAUUUCGAUGAGAUCCAGGGCAUGACAUAUGCCGAAUCCGAGUCCAUACUAUAUGCCACCUUUAGAACUUCAGGUUCCAGCAUCUUCGGCUCGGCUGUCUGUGCUUACAAUCUAAGUGCCAUCAAUGAAGCCUUCGAUGGACCCUUCAGGCACCAGGAGCACGCAGAUGCCGCCUGGCAAACGGUGGACACCAACCAGAGGAGCCAGUUUCAGUGUGCCAGUGGAUCGACUAGCUUUGGUCACUGGUUGGAGAGUUCCCGGUACCAACUAAUGGACAAGUCAGUUCAACCCAUUGGAGCCCAGCCCUUGUAUCAUUCAAAGUUGGAGCAAUUUGGUCGUUUGGCUCUGGACAUCAUUCAUACGAAAACGGAGCAAGUGCAUGUUCUAUUUGUGGCCAGCAGUGGGAAUAACAUCAAGAAGCUGUCUGUGAAGUAUGACAGAGGCGAGGCUCAAACCUGUCUGGUGGAACUGUGGCAGGCAGAUGAUACCGGAAGCAGUUCUCUCCUAAACAUGGCAUACCUGAAGGUUAGCGACUCCCUUUACCUGGGCACAGAUUUGGCGCUCACUCGGAUUCCCGCCCAGCACUGCAGCCGACAUGUGUCGCAGUCAAGUUGCCUUAACGCCAUGGAUCCAUACUGCGGUUGGAACGAACUGGUGGAGCGUUGCAUGCCCCAGCCUUUGGACUCCUCGGUGUGGCAGCAUUGGCAUCAGGCACCGCAGCUCACUUGUCCCGUGCUGAAUGCCCCCAUCGAUGGCGGCUGGUCCACAUGGAGCAACUGGGCUGUGUGCCAACAGCAUGAGCAACCGGAUAGCAACUGUCAGUGCAGGCAGCGAACUUGCAACAACCCGCAGCCUCAACAUGGAGGUUCCAGUUGCGAGGGCAUAAGCACCCAGGUGACCAAUUGCACCCAACAUGGUGGCUGGACAGAGUGGUCCGCUUGGUCGCCCUGCUCUCAAACCUGCGGCAUUGCAGUGAAGAUCCGGCGACGAACCUGUGGCAACCCGCGGCCAGCUCAUGGCGGACGCACCUGCGUGGGUUCGGAACAAUCGGAGAUUUACUGCCGCCAUCUGCCACCUUGUCCGGUGGCCAAGCCGCAGUCCGUGGACGGUGGCUGGGGACCCUGGGGCGAGUGGAGCGAGUGCAGUGCCCAGUGUGGUGGUGGCUUCCGUAUGAGACGAAGGGAGUGCAAUGAUCCUGCUCCAUUGAAUGGAGGCAUGGAGUGCCCUGGCUGUCGUCUGGAUUACGAGGAGUGCAACAUGCAGAGCUGUCAGGAGGUGCGCAAACUCAGUGCCUGGACUCCUUGGCUAACGGCAGGGGGUAGUGGAAACUCAAGUGAACCACACCUGGAGCGACGCUAUAGGUACGCCUGCCGGGCCACCAGUCCCGAUGCCAGCUCUGUGCGCAUUAGCCUGGCCAAGGAGGAGUCUCGCAGCUGUCAUGCCGAUGGUAGUUGUCAGCGACAAGGUGAUCAUGAUUCCAUGGAUACUGGAGAUGCGGCAGAUUGGUCACCUUGCAGCGUGAGUUGUGGUGGUGGCAUGCAGCAUCGGCAGCGAGGACGUGGCACUCAGAGUCGCAGCUGUAAUCUACAGGCUUGUCCCACGGAUGAGCAACUGACGGGCAAUGCCAUUGACAAUGAGCUGGAGCAUGGAGAGUGGGGUUGCUGGUCGGAAUGGUCUGCCUGCUCGGUGACCUGCGGCUUGGGACUGCGCAGGCGUACGCGACGGUGUUUGAGUGGACACGAAAGGAUGUGCCAGGGACGUGCUCUCGAAGAGCAAAAGUGUGAAAUGGUACCAUGCGAAGACUUUUUGGGCUGGAGUUCUUGGAGCGAGUGGUCUAGCUGCUCUAGUGAUGGCAUUCGCCUGAGACAUCGUCGCUGUCUUAUGGAGCAACCGAAUGCCCAGGAAUGCCGUGGAGCAGAGUUUGAGAAGACUGCCUGUGUCCCUAAUGAAUGCGAGGAUAUACAAACUGCCUCAACGGCCACUGUGCCCAUUGUAAUUGGAGUUUGCCUGCUUAUAACUGUGGCCUGUUGCCUGGCCACUUAUCGUUACACCAAACACAGAUUCCUGUUGAGUGCCGAAGAGGCUCUAAACAAGACCACCACUACCACAGUCAGUUUUGACACUUAUCCCAAUCAGUAUUCCAGCCUGCCCACCAAAGACUACUACGAUCAGCGACCGAAGCGUCAGUCCAGCUUCCGUAUGCCUGCCAAGACAAGCAAUUUGGGUAAUGGCAAUGGCAAUGGCACUCUCAAUCGCAACAAUAUGCAUCACAAUAAUACACCCAAAGUGCUGGCCAAGACCUACAAUGACUGUGAGACGGGAACGUUGAAGCGACAGUCGGCUUUGAAUAAUUGCCGGAGCAAUAUUGAUGAUGAAAAGUUCUAGAUCCGGAUAUAUUACUGUCUCCUCUAGUGCCAUGGAUAUAUUAGAACGAUAUAUAUAUAUAUGUUUUUUUUUUUUGCGCCAAAUCAGAUGCAGAAGCAAAAAGUUCCUUGACUGACUCACAUUGAGUCGUUUUAGUUAAGCUAAUUGAGGUAGUUAUGGACCUAAGUAGUUUUGAUUAAGUUAGUUUAAGUCUAAAGUUAAGUUCAGGAAGUAUUUUAUGUGGGAUUUCCAUUCAAAACAUUUCAAAAUUUCCACUCACUCUGUUCUUGCAUUUAAUUCUGUAGAUAGAGUCACUUAAAAUUGUUGUACAAAUCGUUUAAGUUUAUAAUAAACAAACAAAGCGAGACUGACCGUUAAUCAUUUUUUAGAUACAAAAAAAUAUGUGCUAAAUUUUCCAAAAUUAAUGCCAUGGAGCUAAAUAUUCAACAAUAUUUAAUUAUGUUUAACUAUAUGAAUUAGUUUACUUUUAACUUAUCAUAGUUUAUGGAGUCAAAACUGACUUAGUCGAAAUAGAGCCUAAGAUACGUAAACAACGAGAAAAUAAAACGAG